AUGAAAGUUAUACCUAUUCAUAUUAUCAUCAUGUGUGAACAUUCAUCAGAUUAUACUGAUACAGUAGAUCCUAGGGUACAUGUAGAAUUGGAGAGAUUGAACAAUGCUACUGAUGAAAUUAACAAGCUAGAAGUGGAACUUGAUGAAUGUAAAACAAGUUUCAGGCAGCUACUUUGUGAGAGUACAGCAAAGGUUGAUGCAAUUAGGCUCAAGCUAGGGAUGUGUGUGGAGAGAUCUAGGCCCUAUUAUGAAGCUAGGUUUUACACCAGUGAAGUAUUCAAACAAACACAGAUUGCAGCUAUGAAGUUUGAGAAGGCUAAUAGUGCUCAUAGUGCAGCUAGAGAAAUGGUUUAUUUGGCAGAACAAGGCCUUGGUGGGAGAACACUUGAUCCUGCUUGGCAAGAAAUGUUGAAUCAUGCAACUCAGAGAGUUAAUGAUGCAGAAACAGAGCGUGGGAUAGCAGAAACUGAACAUAGAAUUGCUUGUGUGAAGCAUGAAGCUGCUAAUGCUAAAGUAUUAAGCUUGCAAAAAGAACUGAAAAGAGCAAUAACUAAGAGCAGUUUAUCCAUUCGAAGAUCACUUAUGAAAAUGAGUAACAUUCUAUCACAGCAUGAAAUGAUGUUUUUACCAUAUUACGAAAUGAAGGCUCACUACAACCAACUACUAGAACAUCAAAAACAAAAAGUUCAGAAAUUAGAAGCCGAAGUAGUGACUUCUAAAUCAUCGUACGCAGAUGCAUUGAGAAAUUUAGAAAGGAUAUCUGAUGAAAUUCACUUGAACCGAAGGAAGGCUUCCUCGAUAUCCAAUAGUUUGGCUAGCACCAAGCAAAGGAGUCUAGACUCGAAUGUUUCUAUGCUCGAUGAUGCACAAGAACUGAUUGACGGGAACAAGAGUCUUCCACAUAAGAUUGGUGACCUACCUAGUCCAAAUACUACUAGGACCGAUGAUGUUGAGGGGUAUCUUAAUCCACAUAUGAGUGGAGAUGUUAGUAAUGCUUCUUCCAUUUCUCCAAUGUCAAACAGUGGCAAGUUGGGCGUAACACAAUCUAGUGAGUGGACAGAAAUCAACCUAGAAAAUUCCAGUCCUGAAGAUGAUAUACCAUAUAGUAAGCUGGAAUUUGAAGUGAACAAAUCGUGUAAGUCUGAACUAAUCAAACAAAAUACUUUGCCAAACUUCAAAGUGGAUAACGAAUUUAGUGCUAUAAAAAAUAAAAUGAAGUUGGACACUACUAUCACAAAUUGGAUUAGUAGGUCAUCUGUAAAAAACGAGGAAGUCCCAGUAAAUGGCAGUAGACGACAAAGUUUGGAUAAUCUACUGGGUCCAACUGGAGAAAGAGUGAAAGAAAUCUUUUCACAAGGAAUAAUGAUGCUGAAUAUAAGUUCUCUCACUGAACGGAGAAAUAGCGAACCAAAACUGGGAAUAGCAGAAGAUAAAUCGAGAAAUGGAAGUGCUAAGAAACUUCCCAGUCCGCUAGAGAAAACUCUAACCUACCUGAACAUUGACGAUGAUUAUUCAGAUACUGAGAGCGUUUCCAGCAUUGAGAUGUUGAAUGAAGACCAAAUCAAUUCACUCAUGUUGGAUACCAGUGUGGUGUGCGAGCAGGUUUUGGGAACACCCAUGAUGGAAAUAGUGCCGUCACCCCAGUGUGUUUCCACUAGUAGUUUUUCUAAUCAACCAGUGAAAUAAAUAGACCAAGCUAAGGAACCUUA